UAACUUAUCCCUGGGGUUUCGGGGAAGGAAGGAUGUGUUUUUUUCGAUUGCCUGGUGCAGUGAUGCUGCUCUUGGGUUCUCUGACCCUGUUUUUCGUGGCCCAGGAUCCAACUCUUUUGGAUAAUAGCUUUCCAUGAGGCGGCGGACGUUGAUCGUCUCUCUUCAGCGGAUUCUGUUUUCUUUUGGAGUUAUCUUGGAGCUCUGCCUAGCAACUGGUUUCCGGCAGAUUGCCGCUUGGGCAGCAACGAGAACCCGAGUACUCCACCACUACGCCUCUGGCUUUGACCCAAACAAACCAAAACAUCACUCCAGGUCCCCUUGCUUACUCUUAUUCUCUUGCUCUCCGUAAAUACGAAUAUAACCCUUCUAAAAGCGUACCCCAAUUUGCUUGUUACAUCC